UUAUAGUGGGGCAGGGAUGAAUUGACGGGGGAGAGUUUGGGUGCAUGGGACGUCGCUACAUCAGAUCCACAAACAAAGAGCUUGUUUUUUUCAUUUGAAAGAUCAAAUGAAAAUAUGUCAACUCUGCUGAACUCAUCAGGAACAAAUGAAUGCUGAGAGAGUGUCUGUGUGUUUAGACAAGCUCUCUGUCUCCCUCUAACCCAGUACUCCCGCUAGGAGUGUCACAUGCACACCGACCAAAUUACUGGGCUUUCACUGAACCCGCAUCACUACUUCACUCAAAAGAGGCGUCUCUAUGGUUCCCAGCGUUGUCUCCCAUUCUCCUGGACUCUCUAAUCCUGACUCCCUCUAGUCAUCCUCUCUCAUCCAUGGUCAAUGAUUUAAUGCUCAGUGUUAAUCAGCCCACUGACCCCUGCUUCAAUUUGACUCCUCCUCACUCUUCCUGCCUCUGUCUGAAACUUGACUGACCUCUGCCCCUCCAAGUCCUUCGUCAUUGGCCCUGUUCAAUGCCUCCCUCCCCUUCAUUACCACCUUCCUUUAUGUAAUCACAUAUAUUACCGUUUUUUCCACCUGCUUACACACAAAUUCUUUUCAUGUCACACGAUUUUUGAAACCUCUCACUCAAAGUGCAGAACUACACACCAAAUAUCCAAAACCAUAAGCUAUUUCUCAGCCUUUGACUCAGUUGUCAAAUGCAUAAAACACUUUUUUCAAAACACUACACACAAUUCUCUACCUAAAACACAAAAAUCUAACAGGAAGUGACUUGCUUUCCUUUUCCAAACACAACCAAUCAAAAUGCUACACUUAUUCACCAGGUCACACACACACUCCUCACAUGUGCAAACACUAAUAGCUUAACUGAUCACUAACCAAUCACUGCUUUACUGUAGUAUAGGCCUAUAAAUAGGUCAAAGGUCAGUUUACCUGUUUUGAACAAUUGAUGCCAACAAUGGACAGAGAGCAAGAGGAGUACGAGGGAGAGGAAGAGGAAGAAGAGGACAAGGGCAAAGAAGAGAAGGAAGGAGAGCCAUCUCUGAUGAGAUUAGGGCAACACUUGUUGAUCAUGUGAUCAACCACGGUUUGACCAUGAGAGAGGCUGGACUGAGAGUCCAGCCCAACUUGAGUCGAUUUACAAUGGUGUCCAUAAUUCGAACCUUCAGAAAUGAGAACAGAGUGGAAAGGUAAAGACAUCAUGGAGGACGAGGACGCUUGUUGACAGAUAUACAAGAGACUGCAAUUAUAAAUAUGGUUUUGGACAACAAUGCAAUUAGGAUUCGAGAGAUAAGAGAGCAUAUCUUGAAUAAUGACACCAUAUUUAACAUCGAUGCUGUAAGCCUGUCGACCAUACAACGCAUCCUCCAACGGCACCGAGUGACGAUGAAACAACUUUACAAGGUGUCAUUUGAGAGAAAGUCUGACAGAGUCAAGAAUAUGCGACUUGACUUUGUAGAGGUAUGUAUGCAACACUACUUCCAGUACUUCAGACAUACCAUAUUCACUCAUCUGUAUAUCCUUUUGUCUGUUACAGAGAGUAUUGGAGCUGGAUGCCCAUGUAAUUCGCCAUGAAUUUAUUUAUGUGGAUGAGGUUGGCUUCAACCUCACCAAAACCAGGUGCCGCGGAAGAAAUGUAAUAGGACAGAGGGCAAUUACCAAUGUCCCUGGACAGCGUGGGGGUAAUAUAACUAUGUGUGCUGCCAUCACUCAAAACGGGGUCCUCCAUCACAAUGCCACACCUCCAUCACAGUACAACACCGGCCAUAUGCUCACUUUUCUGGAUGCAAUUUACACAAUGCUUGUCCCUGAUCCAGAUCAGGAGCCUGCUAGAUUUGUGGUUUUAUGGGACAAUGUUAGUUUUCACCGGGCUGUUCUGGUCCAAAACUGGUUUGCCACCCAUCCACAAUUUGUAGUUUUGUACCUACCCCCAUAUUCACCUUUUCUAAAUCCCAUAGAGGAAUUCUUCUCAGCCUGGCGCUGGAAAGUGAAUGAUCGCCAACCCUAUGCCCGCAUGCCGCUUCUCCAGGCAAUGGAGGACCCAUGUGGGGACAUAGAGGUUAACUCUGUCCAAGGUUGGAUACGCCAUGCUAGGAGAUACUUCCCUCGAUGUUUGGCAAGAGAAAACGUAUCUUGUGAUGUGGACGAAGUAUUGUGGCCAGACCCAGGCCGGAGAAGAGAUGAAGCGUAGCUUAGCACUGGUGACUGCCCCCACACACCCCCCACCCCACCUCAGCCCCUGUCUGCAGCUACCUCAGCACCCUACCUCAGCCUCUGUAUGCAGCUACCUCAGUACCCCAGCCCCUGUCUGCAGCUACCUCAGCACCCUACCUCAGUCCCUGUCUGCAGCACCCCACCUCAGCCCCUGUAUGCAGCUACCUCAGUACCUCAGCCCCUGUAUGCAGCUACCUCAGCCCCUGUCUGCAGCUACCUCAGCACCCCACCUCAGCCCCUGUAUGCAGCUACCUCAGUCCCUGUCUACAGCACCCUACCUCAGUCCCUGUCUGCAGCACCCCACCUCAGCCCCUGUAUGCAGCUACCUCAGCCCCUGUCUGCAGCUACCUCAGCACCCCACCUCAGCCCCUGUAUGCAGCUACCUCAGUCCCUGUCUGCAGCACCCCACCUCAGCCCCUGUAUGCAGCUACCUCAGUCCCUGUCUGCAGCACCCUACCUCAGCCCCUGUAUGCAGCUACCUCAGCCCCUGUCUGCAGCACCCCACCUCAGCCCCUGUAUGCAGCUACCUCAGCCCCUGUCUGCAGCUACCUCAGCACCCCACCUCAGACCCUGUAUGCAGCACCCUACCUCAGCCCCUGUCUGCAGCUACCUCAGCACCCCACCUCAGACCCUGUAUGCAGCACCCUACCUCAGUCCCUGUCUGCAGCUACCUCAGCACCCUACCUCAGUCCCUGUCUACAGCACCCUACCUCAGCCCCUGUCUGCAGCUACCUCAGCACCCCACCUCAGCCCCUGUAUGCAGCUACCUCAGUCCCUGUCUACAGCACCCUACCUCAGCCCCUGUCUGCAGCUACCUCAGCACCCCACCUCAGCCCCUGUAUGCAGCUACCUCAGCACCCCACCUCAGCCCCUGUAUGCAGCUACCUCAGUCCCUGUCUACAGCACCCUACCUCAGCCCCUGUCUGCAGCUACCUCAGCACCCUACCUCAGCCCCUGUCUGCAGCUACAUCAGCACCCCACCUCAGCCCCUGUAUGCAGCUACCUCAGUCCCUGUCUACAGCACCCUACCUCAGCCCCUGUCUGCAGCUACCUCAGCACCCUACCUCAAUCCCUGUCUGCAGCUACCGCAGUACCCCUCAGUACCCCAGCCCCUGUCUGCAGCUACCUCAGCCCCUGUCUGCAGCUACCUCAGCACACUACCUCAACCCCUGUCUGCAGCUACCUCAGCACCCUACCUCAACCCCUGUCUGCAGCUACCUCAGCACCCUACCUCAACCCUUGUCUACAGCACCCUACCUCAGUCCGUGGCUGCAGCUACCUCAGCACCCUACCUCAGCCCCUGUCUGCAGCUACCUUGGGCACCCUACCUCAACCCUUGUCUACAGCACCCUACCUCAGUCCCUGUCUGCAGCUACCUCAGCACCCUACCUCAACCCUUGUCUACAGCCCCCUACCUCAACCCCUGUCUGCAGCUACCUCAGCACCCUACCUCAACCCUUGUCUGCAGCCCCCUACAUCAGUCCCUGUCUGCAGCUACCUCAGCACCCUACCUCAGCCCCUGUCUGCAGCACCCUACCUCAGUCCCUGUCUGCAGCUACCUCAGCACCCUACCUCAGCCCCUGUCUGCAGCACCCUACCUCAGUCCCUGUCUGCAGCUACCUCAGCACCCUACCUCAACCCCUGUCUGCAGCUACCUCAGCACCCUACCUCAACCCUUGUCUACAGCACCCUACCUCAGUCCCUGUCUGCAGCUACCUCAGCACCCUACCUCAGCCCCUAUCUGCAGCACCCUACCUCAGUCCCUGUCUGCAGCUACCUCAGCACCCUACCUCAACCCUUGUCUACAGCACCCUACCUCAGUCCCUGUCUGCAGCUACCUCAGCACCCUACCUCAGCCCCUAUCUGCAGCACCCUACCUCAGUCCCUGUCUGCAGCUACCUCAGCACCCUACCUCAGCCCCUGUCUGCAGCUACCUCAGCCCCUGGAGGAUGCUUGUGAACAAGUCCUGCUUAAUAAAGAUAAUUGCUUUUCUUUGUCCUUAAUGAGCUGGUCUGUAAAUUGAGUAAUUAUGUUAAGUUGUUACAUCAAUGACUAUGCGCUUGGCUAAAGACAUUAGCAUUAUUUGAACUUUGUCUGUCAAAAAUCCGCUUCUAAUCCAAGCCGUUUUAUUUUAUUUAUUGUGCCCGUAUCUCAAUCCCUUGGUCCUUGAGGUGUGAUUGCUGUGUUUCUGACAGCCCAAUGGGGUGGAAAGGGCAUGUUUAGAAGCAUGAUGAGUGUAGUAGGUGUCUGACUGUGCCUACUAGGGUUGGGAGUUAUCCAGAUUUUCAUUCCUGUCAUACCGUACAUUUUCUACCGCACAAAACAAUUUACGCAACUGGGAUCUUGAUCCAGAAGAGGAUUGAAUGUCUCUGCUGUAACCAAGAAGUUUGAUCUUGACAUCUAGACACUUAGCUAGCAGGUCAGCAAGCCAAAGGCAUAGUUGGAGCCCUGAGCCAGAUAUGAUUUAUUUGACAUAUCUUAGAUUUCUUAUAGUUAUAAGCAGUGGCAUAGGACGCAACCCCCGCAACGGCAUUGAAAAUCAUACCGUCGGUAUUUCGAAAUACCCCGGUAUAUGGUAUAAACAGUAUAUCGCCCAAGUCUAGUGCAUACUCUAUUUGUAUGUGAGUGCAUCUUGAUCCCCCUGGAGAUACACAGCUAAAUUAGGAUGCAUAUUAUUUAAAGAGGCCCCAGGCUGAAUUUGAGCUGCAUAUCUUUGUCCAGUGAACAUGUUGGUUUGUAUGGCUGGCUGAGUGUGUCUAUUCAUUUUUGGUAGUGUCAGAUCCUAGUCCCAAAGGUGGUAUAAAGGACAGUUCAGUGACAGAGGAAAGUUGCUUGAAUGAGACAGGGAGACUUUCACUUUUACUGUGUUUCUGGCCUCUGGUGUCUACUGGGCUCUUUAUUGUGGUGGUAUAGUUUCUGUGGUUAAACAAGUUGGUGGUUGCCUGUAUGUGGUUCAGAGAGCUUCCCUUUGACUUGAACCAGAUUACUGUCAAACCUUAGACGAGUAGUCGGGAAGCUUACAAUGCAGAGUUAGUCAUGUUAGUGAAACCUGUCUUUGUUGUGGAUUACAAUGCCAGUCAGAAUGUUAUUCACCCAAUUUUACGUUAAAAGUUCAGUGAUUAUUUCACUCAAUACAUUUCUGUAUCUGGAAAAUUUUUGACUGGUUACACUUCAUACUAUCGUGUGUGUGUAGUAACUAGAGGUCGACCGAUUAUGAUUUUUCAAUGCCGAUACCGAUACCGAUUAUUGGAGGACAAAAAAAGCCAAUACCGAUUAAUCGGCCGAUUUAUUUAAAAUAUAUAUAUUUUUUAGAUAUAUAUAUCAUACACACACACACACAUUUUUGUAAUAAUGACAAUUGCAACAAUACUGAAUGAACAAUGAACACUUUUAUUUUAACUUAAUAUAAUACAUAAAUAUACACACACGCACACAGCUCUGACGUGACAAUGAUACUGAAGAGUCUGCUUAGGAGACAAAUACUCUCAACUGAUUGAAUAAAAAUAGAGUUUAAGUUAGCUGUGAUGAAUGUUGAAAACAAAAACUUUAAUUUCUAUAUGCAGGAAAUCCUAUUUUAAUAAUAAGCAUGGUAAGAAUUGACAACCAGUGCGAGUCAUAAUUCCCAUGACACCUUCUAGCAAAAUCUGAAAAGCGGUUCCUUCAUUUAUUCCAUAGGAUAUUUUAAUAUUCACUUAAAAUAAGGUCUGUGUUUCGUGUAGGCUUACAUCACCAUGCCAAUUUUAUAACUGUGUAGAUAUCCAUAGGACAAGGUAACUCUGAUCAAUAUUGGCUAAAUAUAAGCGAAGAUAAAAAGUUUUGUAGAGUGGAUUUAUGAAAAUAUGUUGACAAACGUUACCUUAUCCUAGUGAGAUUUACAUGGGUAUCAAAACGUCGAGGCGGUUUAAGCCUGCACGAAACACAGACCUUAUUUGAAGUAGAUCAAGACAUUCUCUAUGGAAGACAUGAACGGUAAAAUAACGAAGGAACCCCUUUCAAAUUCAGCCGCAAGUUAUUACAGGAAUUAUAACGCGUCGACUAUUUCUCUCUAAACCAUAUACCUUUGACUAAUCCGGAAACUAUCACCUCGAAAACAAAACGUUUAUUCCGUUCCGUAUUUUAUCGAACAGGUGGCAUCCAUGAGUCUAAAUAUUCCUGUUACAUUGCACCACCUUCAAUGUUGUCAUAAUUACGUAAAAUUCUGGCAAAUUAGUUCGCAAAGAGCCAGGCGGCCCAGACUGUUGCAUAUACCCGGACUCUGCUUGCAAUGAACGCAAGAGAAAUGACACAAUUUCACCUGGUUAAUAUUGCCUGCUAACCUGGAUUUAUUUUAGCUAAAUAUGCAGGUUUAAAAAUACAGUAUAUACUUGUGUAUUGAUUUUAAGAAAGGCAUUGAUGUUUAUGGUUAAGUACACAUUGGAGCAAUGACAGUCAUUGAUUGAUUGUUUUUUAUAAGAUAAGUUUAAUGCUAGCUAACAACUUACCUUAGCUUACUGCAUUCGCUAACAGGCAGGCUCCUCGUGGAGUGCAAUGUAAUCAGGUGUUAGAGCAUUGGACUAGUUAACUGUAAGGUUGCAAGAUUGGAUCCCCCGAGCUGACAAUGUUAAAAAUCUGUCGUUCAGAACGUUCCUAGGCCGUCAUUGAAAAUAAGAAUGUGUUCUUAACUGACUUGCCUAGUUAAAUAAAGAUUAAAUAAAGGUGUAAAAAAAAAUGGCAAAUCGGCGCCCAAAAAUACCGAUUUCCGAUUGUUAUGAAAACUUUAAAUCGGCCCGAUUAAUCGACCAUUCCGAUUAAUCGGUCGACCUCUAGUAGUAACACUGUAAUUACCCUCUAGUAGCAAUAUUGUAUGUAAUUGAAUGGAAUGUUUUUUGUUGUUAUUACCGGUGCACCAAUUCAACUUUUCUGUGGUAGACUUUUGAUCUGCACCAGAAAGUUUUAUUUGUAUGUGUAACGUUACGUCAUGAUGUUGAGAUCCAUCCACCUGUGAAUGUAAGACGUCCAUCCUCCUGCACUGUUAGAGAUGUCUGGUCUCUAAAGCCUCUUUCCCUGCUCUGAUGGCUGCCAGCUGGGAUAAGUGCAGAGCUCAUUCUGUUCAAUUAGACUGCACCUAAAUCUCUGAAGGCUGACGUCUAGGAUUCCUCUAAGUUUCUCAAAACAACCUUUACACUUCAGCCAACCCCGCACUAAAAAAGGCUUAUUGGUUUUUAAGUGAUGUAUUGCUACUUGUUUGCCUUAUCUCUGCAAUAGUGAACACAAUCAUCCCAAUAUCACAAUACAUAGGCCUACUCCUUUUACAUGGUCACGGACGACUGCUACACUGCAUGACCCUCAAGUCCAUUUCCCAGUACUGGCUGUGGGGAGUUCCCACUGGCUGUGGGGAGUUUUGAUGUUCUCUAGAAAUACAUAUCAGUGCCAACGCGACUUCAGAGAGAGCGUUGUGAGUAUUGAUGCCCCCCCGGCUAUAAACAGCCCAGGAUCAAUAGUGCUGGAUCAAUAUGCUGUGUGAUAUGUUUGUCACAAGCUCAGGGAUGGGUCCAGUCAGGUGAUCCCCAGAGUAUUCCACUACAGCCAGGGCGCUGAAUGUUAAAACACUUGUGAGCUGUGUUAUCUAAGGGAUAAUAAAUUAGCCGUUAAAAGUCUGUGUGUGGUAAACGAGUCACAAGCUACAGGCUACAUGUUUUUGUUCUGUUUGUGUGUGUGUGUGUGUGUGUGUGUGUGUGUGCUUUAGGCAGUGAUGGUGAUUUGUGUGUGUAAGAGCAGGGUCUCUUCCUCACGGCGCUGGUUGGGUAAACAGUCAUGCGAUCACAUUCCUUCCAUUCCGCACUGCUGUCCGCUCAGUCACAUGACCAAGGAGGAGGAGCAUGGGGCUUGUAGUGGGGAGGGGGACUGAGGAGGGGAGAGAACCCUGAUUGAGUAGGCAAGGUGCAGAGUAGGUCCCAGUGCCAAAUAAAUACCUUGCCCCUACCUCUAAAUACUUUUUGCAUAUCUGAAAAGAUAAGAAGGGUAUAAACAAUAUGUUAUAGAUCUAUAGAUCUACUUAUAACUGCUCUAAUUACGUUGGUAUCCAGUUUAUAAUGGCAAUAAUGCACCUCUGGGGUUUGUGGUAUAUGGCCAAUAUACCACGGCUAAGGGCUGUAUCCAGGCACUCCGCGUUGCGUCGUGCUUAAGAACAGCCCUUAGCCGUGGUAAAUUGUCCAUAUUCCACAAACCCCAGAGGUGCCUUAUUGCUUAAUUAACCCUCUUUUAUGCUAGGUGGGUUUUUUCACCAUAUUGCUUAAUCCAAUCAAUGACUGUAUGUAUAUAUGAAUGGACAAAGCCAUUGAUCAUGUGACACCAUUCAUAUGUGAGGACUCAAUAAUAGCGCAUUGAAGCCAAAUGAAGUCGCUUAAAAUGUGGUCUCAUGGAUACAUAACAUGCACAGUUUGAGCUGCUCUAGGAAGAGACGUUGCAGGCUAGCUCAGUGCUGCCACUUCUUAUUGAGUAACUCACCGACCGGGCCGACCGGGGUACGGUAUGCUGCCAUUAGCAACUAAAUUGUCCUUAUAGCUUCUUUUGGGUGCGAUUUGGUGUAUUGGAAGCAAUUAUUGGUAACAUAAUUGUCGAGUAUUUUUAUUUUAAUUACAUGAAGAUAGCCAUUUUUCCAUUCACUGUAAUGAGGGAUCCUGUUUUCUGCUAACAAUGCCUGCAGUACUGUGUUUGGCAUUGAACGUCCGUGGCUUCAAUAAGAGGGGGCAGGCGUUCUACGCUGCAUCCAAUUUAAGAGACUGGAAUGGUUCAGUAGGAGCAGGAGCAAGGGGUUUAUAUUAUACUCGGCGUAAGAGGUUGUACAGAGUACACACACAAAACGCAUGUGACACAAAUCCAACCAGAUGACCUGGCCUCCACAAUCACCCGACCUCAAACCAAUUUGAGAUGGUUUGGGAUGAUUUGGACCGCAGGGUGAAGGAAAAGCAGCCAACAAGUGCUCAGCAUAUGUGGGAACUCCUUCAAGACUGUUGGAAAAGCAUUCCAGGUGAAGCUGGUUGAGAGAAUGCCAAGAGUGUGCAAAGCUGUCAUCAAUGCAAAGGGUGGCUACUUUGAAGAAUGUCAAAUAUAAAAUAUAUUUUGAUAUGUUUAACACAUUAUUCUACAAUGUAGAAAAUAGUAAAAAUGAAGAAACACCCUUGAAUGAGUAGGUGUGUCCAAUCUUUUGACUGGUACUGUAUGUAUGUAUAAUUGUGGUCAAUAUAUUGUCCCCCUUGCACCAUUCACUAUUUAUUCUAAAAUUCUUUGAAAUUGAGAACUUUUGGUGUUCACAUGUAUUUGUUUGAUUUACAACUGCACAGAAUUCCCCCAAAAUUAUAUAUUUCACUUAAAAGUCAAAAAAUGACCUGGACUAAGAUGUUCAAAAAUUCAAAUUAAUUUGGUUGGAGGCAAGUGAGUUGUUUAUUGUGUAGUUUAUCUCACCUGUGGUAAGUUGCAGGUGCCUACAGGGUAUAAAAUAGCAAUUUAACCCGUUUAAAAAAAAGAGAAAACAGAACAUUCUUACCAGUAUAUGACCAAUGUAUCAUCUUAAUUCAUAACACACCACCACUCGGUUUCUAUCAGUGCUGUUGAUCACUGCCUCGUGAUACUAUCAAGUGUCUCCCUCUGAAACCACUUGGUUGAAUUGAUCAAAUCAAAUCUCACAGACACAAUAAUAAAAGGUCAAGGGGGGAGUUCUGGGUUUUUAAUAGUCCGUGUCCCUCUCUCUCCAACCCUGCAGCUACAGUAUAUGACCUUGUGGUUGCCCUGGAUGGGCUUUUCCCUCCUGCAGCCUCCCGUCCGUCCCAUGUUAGUUUGUUGCUGGUGUUGUUGACCCAUUGAUGUAGCCGUGGCCGCACCGAGGCCCCUAGCCCCAUGCUGCUCUGAGGCCCUUUGUAAGCCUAUAGGAGCACAGGGCUGUGAUUGGAGCAGCCCAGGAUUUGCAUGGAUGAGUACUGUACACAGAGCGAGCACACCAGCAGUCAUGAAGCACUGGAGGGGAACAAACGCUAGCUCAGGCCAUGUUUCCCUUCUCUGUUGUUUCGCUCUCUCUCGCCCUUCUCUCUUUCUCUCUCUCCCCCCAUAUAUGUAUCUGUCUGCCUCCUAUUGUUAAUAUGUUGCAGACUGUCCUUUCGAGUAUAAAUGUAAACAUGAGUGGGAAAGAGUCUAUCUCCCUGGGCCUCUCCUACCUCUCCAGAACUGCAUUAUGAUUGGUCACUUUACUGUACGCCUGGCCUAUAUGAUAAACAGUAUAAAUGUGAUAGAGUAUGAAUCCAGUUUGUGCCAACUUGAGAGCGGUGUGAAAACUCAUGUGGGUGACUGUGAGAAUCGUGCUGUAGCUGAACCGCUGGAACGGCCAGCACCUGACACUGCAGCUGCUGCUGGGGUUGCGUGCCUGUCUCCACUCAGUGUGUGACUCAAACUCUACUCAGCCUGUCCUGGAUGGAAUUACAGCAUGUGGAUAUUACUCUUGAGAAUCAAACUGAAAAUCAACACCAAGGCAAUGUACUGUUUAGUGUUUCCCAACUUCUCCAUUGUUGUAGUUUGGUCUAGAGCAAGACAAGGUACAUAGAUGGAGCAGAACAAAUAUGACCCCCACUGCGUGAAAUUUAAGGCAAUAUGCAGUAUAUUCCAUGUCGUAUGCCAGAAAUGGACUUGCCAUAGGGCAGUUUUGGCAAAUGCCAGAUGGGCUGGUCCAUCUUCAGUCCAGUGGGCCUGUUUAGUUGCGUAGAAUGAUCAUUAUUUGGCUAAUAAUGCGGGCCUAGAGGAAAAAUGGGGACUUAAACAAGAGCCAAAGUGUGUGCUAACAGGGGACGGUCCCUUUGCCUCCCCAUCAGAGAGAGAUAUUAAUGUGUGUGCUUUACCUCUUCGGCCUACUCUAGGGAGUGGCGACAGUGAUUCCGUUUUUCUCCGGGAAGAAUCUGAUAACAUUAUACCCCACUUCAGCAGGCCGUCGGUUGCGCAGAUAAAGCUAUUAGGUUGAAUGUGUAGACAAUUGUGAAAUAUGUUUGGUUGUAUAAAAUUAUCGGCAUGUCAAUGUUAUUGUACACGGAGCUCCCUAGCGCGUGGUGAAACUGGAGAGUCCCUUCCUGUCCACCUUGGUUAAUGGCUGCCUGGGACUUUCCUCCUCCUUGUUGCUGCAAUGUUUGACAACUGAUUUUAAUGACCCUUCAUCCUAUGCAUACCUGUUAUGAUAAAUGCCUUUAUUGUACAGUUAUUCAUUUAGAUACAAUAUCGGGUAUUUGUGUAAUAAUUAUGAGAUUUGGACAUUAACAGGUAACUUUUCCAAAGCCACACAGUUGAUAUAGAUGUUUUCAACUACUGUAGUUACGCCACUUGGACCACAAAUUGUACAAAAAAAACAUGAUUUGAUAUUCCUGUGGGUGGGUAGGCAGGCGUAAGCCUUUUGUCUUCAUGCACAUAAAGUUUUUUAAUAAAAAAAAAAAAGUAGGCUGACACACACACAAACAAACAGGGGCAAACGCAUGUUCCAACAUCCUGCUGAUCGUCAGACUAUAUUUGCACAGUGCUAUCAAUCAACCCAUCUGUCUCUGUCCACCCAUUCUGUGGGGCUGGCGCAGUGCACAUAAUGUUCUCUGCUCCUGUGGGUACGUACACAUGUUCACACACAUGUACACUACAUGCACGCACACAGUCACACACAAACAUACACGCACAAACAGUCAUACAUGUGCAAACACACAUACCAUGGUUUCCGUUAGCCAUAAUAGCAUUGCUGCACUUAUAAGGAGAAUAAUAAUUGAUAAAGAUUUUAAGCUAAACGUACUGAUCUGUUGCAUGAGCCUCUUUGCUUUUUUAGUUUUUUUUUGCAAUGUAGUCUAGGCCUACCUGUUGUAUGAAUUUGGGAUCUAUAGUCCCACAACUGUCCCAGAGUCGGUUUGUGGAAUAGGCUAUUUCUUUCUCGCACAAAAUAACAAGCCGACCAAUAGAAUUAGUGAACUUUUCUACUAUGGGGAUAGUAGAUUGACAUAGGCUAGUGAUUUUGCUGUUCGGUACUCGUGUUGUUGGUAAAUUAUUGGACAGUUAUUCUAACAUCUUCAAGUUGCGCAUCGGAAUUCGGAUAGGACGCACGCCAUUACGUCCUCAACUUGCAUGUUCUGUUAAGAUGAAUUACCACAAUCUAAAUGUGAUUUCUGUCAUUCUGAGCACCGUAGGUGGACGCCCUAAUCAGGUUAAACAUCCAAUGCAUGGGUCUGGUAAAUCUCUUAAAUGUCUGGUAAAUGUAAAUGCUACCGGUCAAAUGUCUGGCGCCACAUUUUCCUAAUGGAAACCCUGAGAUAAACACACAAAAGUACAGGCGCUCUUCCAUGCAUCAUUCAUUCGUGGUUCAACAAGAAAACAGCUGUUGUGUGGCAGAUCCCAGUAUGCUAUCUAUCGUUCCUGAAUAGAUAUGGACAAAUGUGUUAAACUAUUUCAAUUGAAAAUGGCCCGUUUAGUCAAACCAGAGCCACAGUUUGUGUGCAGUGAUAAUGUUUCUGAUAACAAUCGAGAUUCAUAUCCAGACAUUGAUUGAUUGAAUGACCAGUGUCUGUAUGGAAGUUACCCUAUCAUUUGCUUUGCUAAGAAAUAAAACCACAAAAUAAAACCACAAGAGAUCCUAGAAAUACCAUUAUUUGGAGUUUUAUAUGCUUUUGUGAAAGUAGAGUUCAUUUAUUUUAUAAAGGCAUAGUUGAUUGAGUCUUUUUUUGACAACUGGUGUAUGCCCUAUACAUUAUCCAACUGUUUACUCUUUCUAUCCUCUCUUUCUCAUAUGAAGGGAACAGAACAUUUCACUCUUCAUCUCGGUCUCACUCUGUCUCUCUCUCUCUGUCUCGCUCUCUCUCUCGCUCUCUGUCUCUGUCUCUCUCUCUCUCUCGGCUCCUCCUCCCAGUGACUCUGUUAUGCAGGACUUGCCAUUUCCUACUAUCUAAAAGUUAUUAGAAGGGUGAGGUAUUGUAUAACUAAACAGCAGGCAUGGAAACAUUAGCCUCUCGCUCUCUGCCUCUCUACCCCUUUCAAAUCAAAUCAAAUUGUAUUGGUUGCGUACACAUAUUUGCAGAUGUUAUUGCAGGUGCAGUAAAAUGCUUAUGUUUCUAGCUCCAACAGUGCAGUAAUACCUAACAAUACAGAACAAUACACACAAAUCCAAAGAAUAAAAAUAAAGACAUUAAGAAACAUCAGAACGAGCAAUGUCAGAGUCCGGAAUGAAUAUAAAUAUAUAUAUUAUUAUAUCAGUUGAAGUCGGAAGUUUACAUACACUUAGGUUGGAGUCAUUAAAACAAAUUUUUCAACCACUCACAAAUUUCUUGUUAACAAACUAUAGUUUUGGAAAGUCGGUUAAGACAUCUACUUUGUGCAUGACACAAGUCAUUUUUAGAACAAUUGUUUACAAACCGAUUAUUUCACUUAUAGUUCCAGUGGGUCAGAAGUUUACAUACACUAAGUUGACUGUGCCUUUAAACAGCUUGGAAAAUUCCAGAAAAUGAGUCAAUUGGAGGUGUACCUGUGGAUGUAUUUCAAGGCCUACCUUAAAACUCAGUGCCUCUGCUUGACAUCAUGGGAAAAUCAAAAGAAAUCAGCAAAGACCUCAGAAAUUUAUUUUUUGACCUCCUCAAGUCUGGCUCAUCCUUGGGAGCAAUUUCCAAACGCCUGAAGGUACCACGGUUCAUCUGUACAAACAAUAAUACGCAAUAAACACCAUGGGAUCACGCAGCCGUCAUACCUCUCAGGAAGGUGACACGCUCUGUCUCCUACAGAUGAACGUACUUUGGUUUUAAAAAGUGCAAAUCAAUCCCAGAACAACAGCAAAGGACCUUGUGAAGAUGCUGGAGGAAACUGGUACAAAAGUAUCUAUAUUCACAGUAAAAUGAGUCCUAUAUCGACAUAACCUGAAAGGCUGCUCAGCAAGGAAGAAGCCACUGCUCCAAAACCGCCAUAAAAAAAGCCAGACUACGGUUUGCAACUGCACAUGGGGACAAAGAUCGUACUUUUUGGAGAAAUGUCCUCUAGUCUGAUGCAACAAAAAUAGAGCUGUUUGGCCAUAAUUACCAUCGUUAUGUUUGGAGGAAAAAGGGGGAGGCUUACAAGCCGAAGAACACCAUCCCAACCGUGAGGCAUGGGGUGGCAGCAUCAUGUUGUGGGGGUACUUUGCUGCAGGAAGGACUGGUGCACUUCACAAAAUAGAUGGCAUCAUGAGGAAGGACAAUUAGGUGGAAAUAUUGAAGCAACAUCUCAAGACAUCAGUCAGGAAGUUAAAGCUUGGUCGCAUGGGUCUUCCAAAUGGACAAUGACCCCAAGCAUACUUCCAAAGUUGUGGCAAAAUGGCUGGACAACAAAGUGAAGGUAUUGGAGCGGCCAUCACAAAGCCCUGACCUCAAUCCUAUAGAAAAUUUGAUGGCAGAACUGAAAAAGUUUGUGCGAGCAAGGAGGCCUACAAACCUGACUCAGUUACACCAGCUCUGUCAGGAGGAGUGGGCCAAAAUUCACUCAACUUAUUGUGGGAAGCUUGUGGAAGGCUACUCUAAAUGUUUGACCCAUGUUAAACAAUUUAAAGGCAAUGCUACCAAAUACUAAUUGAGUGUAUGUAAACUUCUGACCCACUGGGAAUGUGAUGAAAUAACUAAAAGCUGAAAUAAAUCAUUCUCUCUACAACUAUUCUGACAUUUCACAUUCUUAAAAUAAAGUGGUUAUCCUAACUGACCUAAGACAGUUUUUACUAGGAUUAAAUGUCAGGAAUUGUGAAAAACUGAGUUUAAAUGUAUUUGGCUAAGGUGUAUGUAAACUUCCGACUUCAACUGUAGGUUUAAUUCUAGACACAUGAAAAGUGGUAUGUAUACGGAGGGUAUGGGGCAACAGAAGACGGACAGCAGAGAGGCUAAUAAUCUUGGAGAUGGGGAAAUGGCCGAUUUAAAAUGGGAGGAAAGUUUGCGGGACUCCACCCAGAGGAGCAGGUCUCAAGGGGACAGCCUUACCCUCUGCCCGAUACAAUACCAGGGAGCCGGAGUCCGGUGGUGUUCCGAUUGUCGUCAAUACCUGCAGGUGGUCUUGAGAAGAGCCGACCGGGCUCUCUCCCAGGUACGGCGGUGGACAAACAUCUGGGCCGACGGUAUGCCCACCUCUUGCUCCGGGAAGAGCGGGGGCUGAUAACCCAGGGAACACUUGAAAGGUUAAAGCCCAGUGGCAGAGCAGGGGAGGGUGUUGCGGGUGUAUUCAACCCACGCGAGUUGCUGGCUACAGGUGGUGGGGUUGGCGGAGACAAGGCAGCGAAGAGUCAUCUUCAGGUCUUAAUUGGCUCACUCCGACUGGCCGUUGUACUGAGGGUGGAACCCGGAGGACAGGUUGGCUGACAACCCAAUGAGCGUGCAGAAUGUCUUCCAGAAGCGGGACUAGAUCUGAGGACCCAGGUCGGAGACCAUGUCCAUGGACCCGGAAGAUGUGCUGCACCAUGAGCUGGGCCGUCUCUUUGGCAGAGGGUAGCUUGGGGAGAAGAAUGAAGUGGGCGGUUUUGGAAAACCGGUCCACUACUGACAGAAUGGCGGUGUUGCCGAGGAGUGUUGUUCUGCGCAAAGACCAUGCAGGUGGCGACAAACGUGGAGACGUCCAAGACCAUGGUCGGCCACCAAAAGCGUUGCCGCACAAAGGCCAGGGUCCAAUGGGAGCCCGGGAGGCAGGCAAGCCUGGAAGAGUGGGCCCACUCUAGAACCGAGGAGUGGACAGCGUCAGGAACAAA